UAUCAACUCAUGUGAAUCAUCACAUUUAAAGUCAUGAGAUUUUCACAUAUACGUCCAAUGGUGAUGACGAUUUUUUGUCGUUACACCAGGAACAAAUCCGAAAUGGUUGACGCUGCAGUUCUCGAAAAAUUGGAAGCUGGCUUUGCCAAGCUCUCUUCAUCCAACUCCAAGUCAUUGUUGAAGAAGUACUUGACCAAGGAAGUGUUCGAUGCUCUUAAGAACAAGAAAACACCAACCUUCGGAUCAAGUCUUUUGGAUGUUGUUCAAUCUGGUUUCGAGAAUCACGAUUCAGGUGUCGGUAUUUAUGCUCCUGAUGCUGAAUCUUACACCACUUUCGCCGACUUGUUCGAUCCAAUCAUUGAAGAUUACCAUGGUGGAUUCAAGAAGACAGAUAAGCAUCCAGCAAAGAACUUCGGUGAUAACAACGCCUUCGGUGACUUGGAUCCAACUGGUGAAUUUGUUGUUUCAACACGCGUUCGUUGCGGUCGCUCCAUGGAAGGUUAUCCAUUCAACCCAUGCUUAACUGAAGCUCAAUACAAGGAAAUGGAAUCAAAAGUUUCCACAACCUUGUCGGGAUUGGAAGGUGAACUUAAAGGAAAAUUCUAUCCAUUGACUGGCAUGGACAAGGCCACCCAACAACAACUCAUCGAUGAUCAUUUCUUGUUCAAGGAAGGUGAUCGUUUCUUGCAAGCUGCUAACGCAUGCCGUUAUUGGCCAUCAGGACGUGGUAUCUACCACAAUGAUGCUAAGACCUUCUUGGUCUGGUGCAAUGAAGAAGAUCAUCUUCGCAUCAUUUCCAUGCAAAUGGGAGGUAACUUGGGAGAAGUUUUCCGUCGCUUGACAACAGCUGUCAAUGAUAUUGAGAAGCGUGUUCCUUUCAGCCACAACGAUCGUCUCGGAUUCCUUACAUUCUGCCCAACCAACUUGGGAACAACUAUCCGCGCUUCAGUGCACAUUAAGGUGCCUAAAUUGGCUGCCAACUAUGCACGUCUUGAAGAAGUUGCCGGCAAAUACAAUUUGCAAGUCCGUGGUACACGCGGUGAACACACCGAAGCUGAAGGUGGCAUUUAUGAUAUCUCCAACAAGCGUCGUAUGGGCUUGACUGAAUUCCAAGCUGUCAAGGAGAUGUAUGAUGGAAUCCAAGAGAUCAUCAAGAUUGAAAAGUCAUUGUAAAUGAAAUAAUUAAAGCAAGCGGACAACAUCAUCCACUUUUUGUCUGAUGUCUGAUGCAACCAGUGAUCUUUUACUUUCACGUUUUUCUCCUGUUUUUUCAUUUUCAUUUCAAUGAAUAAAAAGAUUAAUUUAAAUAUAAAUUAUUCUCCUCCUAUUCAUCAUCUUCUGUUGCAUCAAAAGAUGUCAUCAUCGUCAACUGAUGAUUGGAAUUUAAUAAGGAGUUUUAGAAAAAAUAAAAAUAAAAGCAAAUAAAAUGUGAAAAUAUAACAUCGUCAAGCACAUAAGAACACAAUACGCAACACUCUCAUUAACACAAAAAAAGAAAGUUAAUUGAAUAAAAAACAUAAAUUUUAAGUUUACA